CAUUUAUUGAUUAGAUUCUCCUCAACAUUCAGCCUCUGCUGAAAUUAGAUUUGGACUUUAAAGGUAAUGGCCAGCCUGCUUCCUUGCCUUGCUCCUCCUCCUCUAAUGUAUAACUAGUAGAAAGCCGGAGAAAGGCAGGUGCUGGCCAGUUGCAUGGGCCACACUCACCCCAGGACUGGGAAUUAAGAGGAGGACUCUCAACCGAUAAAAUGACAGAAGAUAAGAUCACCGGGACCUUGGUUUUCACUGUCUUCACUGCUGUACUGGGUUCCUUCCAGUUUGGAUAUGACAUUGGUGUGAUCAAUGCACCUCAAGAGGUAAUAAUAUCCCAUUAUGGAUACAUUUUGGGUAUUCCACUGGAUGACCGAAAAGCUACCAACAACUAUACUAUCAACAGUACGAAGGAAAUAACCACAGUCCCAUACCUAGGGGAUUCAAUACCAACACCUUUGGCAGAGGAAGAGACUACAGCAUCUACCAGCCUCAUCACCAUGCUCUGGUCCUUGUCUGUGUCUAGCUUUGCAGUUGGUGGAAUGAUUGCAUCAUUCUUUGGUGGGUGGCUAGGAGAUCAGCUUGGAAGAAUCAAAGCCAUGUUGGUAGCAAACAUUCUCUCAUUAGUUGGAGCUCUCCUGAUGGGGUUUUCAAAACUGGGACCAUCUCACAUUCUUAUAAUUUCAGGAAGAAGCAUAUCAGGACUCUACUGUGGACUAAUUUCAGGCUUGGUUCCAAUGUACAUUGGUGAAAUUGCUCCAACCACACUCAGGGGUGCUCUUGGCACACUUCACCAGCUGGCCAUUGUCACGGGCAUUCUUAUUAGUCAGAUUGUUGGCCUCAACUUUAUCCUGGGCAAUCAUGAGCGAUGGCAUAUCCUUCUUGGUUUGUCUGCUGUGCGAGCCAUCAUCCAGUCUCUGUUGCUCUUCUUCUGUCCAGAAAGUCCCAGGUACCUUUACAUCAAGUUGGAUGAAGAAGUCAAAGCAAAGAAAAGCUUGAAAAGACUCAGAGGAGGUGUUGAUGUCACCAAAGACAUCACUGAGAUGAGAAAAGAAAAAGAAGAAGCAUCCAGUGAACAGAAAGUCUCCAUAAUUCAGCUCUUCACCAAUUCCAGCUACCGACAGCCUAUUCUAGUAGCACUGAUGCUGCACAUGGCUCAGCAAUUUUCUGGAAUCAAUGGGAUCUUUUACUACUCAACCAGCAUUUUUCAGACAGCUGGAAUCAGCCAACCUGUUUAUGCAACCAUUGGAGUUGGUGCCAUCAACAUGGUUUUCACUGCUCUCUCUGUAUUCCUUGUGGAGAAGGCAGGGCGACGCUCUCUGUUUCUAAUAGGAAUGAGUGGGAUGUUUGUCUGUGCCAUCUUCAUGUCCCUGGGACUUAUACUACUGGAUAAGCUGGCUUGGAUGAGUUAUGUGAGCAUGGUAGCCAUUUUCCUCUUCGUCAGUUUCUUCGAGAUUGGGCCUGGCCCCAUCCCCUGGUUCAUGGUGGCAGAGUUCUUCAGUCAAGGACCACGGCCUGCUGCUUUAGCAAUAGCUGCAUUUAGCAACUGGACGUGCAAUUUCAUUGUAGCUCUGUGUUUCCAAUACAUUGCGAAGUUCUGUGGACCUUAUGUGUUUUUCCUCUUUGCUGGAGUGGUCCUGGCCUUUACUCUGUUUACAUUUUUCAAAGUCCCAGAAACCAAAGGAAAGUCCUUUGAGGAAAUUGCAGCAGAAUUCCGAAAGAAGAGUAGCUCAGCUAAAGUGCCAAAAGCUGCUGUGGAAAUGGAAUUCCUUGGAGCUACAGAGACUGUGUAAAGAUAACCUGCUUUUUUGACAAGAACAGAAACAGGAAGAAAGUUGUGUGUUUUUAAUUGAUGAUUCUUUGAGAAUCUUAUAUCUAUGUCUUAAAGAAUUGUUUUAUUUUUUAGAGAGCUUUUAUGGGCUCUUCUCAGAAAUGUCAUCAAAAAUUACCAAAGAAAGUAUUUUUUUUUAAGUUAGAGCAUCUAUUUUUGAUAGUAAGAUUCUAUAAUUAAAUGAACCAAAAAGUCUAGCUUAUUUUACUACACCAAAGAGCAAGUACAUUAUAGUGUUCGAGCUCUAUUCUUUAUAAUGAGGUUCUCCUGAAAUGAAAGCAGUUCCAAUGUAUCAUGUUAUUGCUUCAUUAAGCACGUGACUGGAAACCUGAAGCUGCAGCUCAUUUACAUAUUUGAAUAUGAUUAUGUUUGCAUUUUCUUACCCACAGACCUCAUACUAAAGGAGCUUUGGCUAGUGGUAAUAAGGUCCAUGUUAAAAUUGAUAAAUUUUCUAUUUUCUCCCACUUAGCCUUUUCUUUAUUAGAAUUUUUAUUUUGUUUAAAAUUUUAUUUUUUUCUGUCUUUUCACGUGGAAUGGUUUAUUGAGUAUAUUAAUAUAUGUUCAUAAAGAAAAACUUUUGUUUUUGGUAGGCUUACCAAAUCUUCUGGGACUCAGAAAAAAAAUUAGUUCCUUUGCUUGAUGACCAAAUAAUUCUUAUAAGAUUAAAUACUGAAAAGAUUUUUACCAGUCAUAUAGCUUGUUAAUAUUAAUAUCUAUUAUAAUAUCUAUUCUAUAAUAUCUAUUAUAAUAUCUAUCUAGUCAUAUAGCUUGUUAAUAUUAAUAUCUAUUAUAAACAUAUGCUAAUUCCUUGCUAGUUCAGUCCUCUGAGCUCUAUUUUAGUUUGCUUUUAAACUGAGCACAGCCUGGUUUCCUCAGCUGUAUUUUUUAUAAAAUACAUUUAAUCAGUGAUUAAGCUGGGCAUUUUUAUAUCUCCUCAAACCCUCAAUAAGUUAGAGCAGUCUGAGGGAAAUCUGAAAUCAAGGAUUGCUCUGUUUGUUAAAACACAUUAUCUAUUUUGUGUUUCAAGACAAAUUGAAAGAGUAGGAUGCCAGAAAUCCCAAAGAUGGGUUCCUGAAAACUUCAUGAAUGCUCAAUUUCAGACUUGAUCAAAAUCCCUAUUAAUUUUUCUGGUUAGAUAGUCAUUCCCUUUGAUGUUCCUUCUUUGUCAUGGCAGUAUAUGGAUGCUAUCUAAGCCGUCCUAUUGCUAUUGCUAACAUUUCCUGUGUCCUAUGUGCCAGGCACUGUUCUAAGUGCUUUUACCUAUUAGGCAAAUUGGAAAUGCACAGAUGAUUUAACAGACUUUCACUUAUAGUCAAUUUACAACUAUGGAAAUACAUUCUGAUGGAUACCAAAGGCUUAGCAGGGAGCUAAAGUAUCUCCAGGCUAUUUUCCCCACAUAGUGGAGCAGAGUCCAUCCUUUUUAUGUUUGCUUUAAUGUGGAUAAAAGGAAGGUACUUUUUAAAAAGUACUUUCUAUGUGCGGAAGGGGAAAAAAAUGCUGAACACUUGUUUUUUUUCCCCCCAGAGUGUUUUACCUUUCUAUAAUUUGGCAGUCCAGACAACAUAAAAUGAUUUCUUUUCACUUUGCUUUUUAUUUCCUUUGGAUCAAUUUGGAAUAAAUUAUUGUUACUUAGGACUCAGGACACAGUUAAAGUGAGUUUAAAUAGUUCAAAAGACUUUUGUGCCAGCUUGUGAACUCUAGAAAAAUUGUGGGGACUGUGAAUGGACAAGAGCAGGAGAAUGGCUCCUGUGUGACUCUUGUCCUCUUCUUCAGGAUGCUUGUGGUCCUUGAGAAGCCCAAAGUUAAAAGAUAAAGAAGUUUAACAUUUUUAUAGGUGAUGAAUGUGAUUUAAUCAAAUUGCUAUUUCCAAUCUCAUUUACUAAGAAAAUAAAGUAGUAAAAGUUUAAAUAAGGAACCCAAAAGACCACUUUCAAGUUCUAACUAUUUAUUUCAACUAACGUGUAAACACCAGAAAUUCAUAGCCUGGAGUUUAAUGCCUCAGAGAAAUUGAAACCAUUUACAUUGUUUCCAUUCCAUAUUUUUUUCCUUGCAGAGAUACAAAUGAGUUGAAAAGAAACCUUAAGGUGAAGUAAGAAACUGUUAAAGCUUUAUAAGACAAAGGAACUAUCUUAACAUAAUAGAAACUCCCUGGUCUUCAACUGGAUGAAUCAUAAUAAAUAAUAAAAUUGGCACUGGUUAAUUAGAUACAAUUGUAGGGAAAUCAGAUGUGAGUUUGAAUAAUUAAUUUGCAUAGUACUCUAUUAUUUUUGUGGAAGUCUUUUCAUACUCAAAUGUCCUAACAAUAUGAUUUUUCUUAGCUUAUUCAAUGCAUGAUUACAAUUCUUGGUCUGGUCACUCACCUGCUACACCUAGCUAUUGCCCACUGUCAUGAUACCAGUGAAAGGAUCUUCUCAAUGAAGAGAAGAUCUUUCUCCUCUAUGCAAUCAGCAAUGUGAUGGCACUGAGAUACGCUAAGACUCUGCCCCCUUCUUCCUCAAGGAGCUCACAGUCUAAUAAGCAGUUCAGGAAGACCAGGAUAUGAAUGUCCCCAUGUGUGCUUUUUGCCAUCCAUGAAACUUGAUUUGAGGACCUUGUAAAACAGGCACAAUAAUAUUAACUACCUCAGAGAGUUGUAAGGAUUAAAUGUAAAGUGCUAAGAAGAGUUCCUGGUAUAAAAGGAGGUGCUUAGUAAAUGUUACCUAGAAUUAGUAUUCACAAAGAUACUGCUAAAAUAAAAGUUUGUCAUAUAUAUUGACAGUUCCAAAUUUUUCUUUUCUUUUUGAAUUUUUUAAAUUUUUUUCCAAAUUUCUUUUGAGUACAAGAAAUUCUGUAAAUUCAAGAUAACAUUUUCUUAUUUCAAGCAACAAUUUCACAAUGACAAAGGAAUGGUAAAAAAAUAACAGGGAUUUUAGGCUAUCUAAUUCUUAAACCCAAACUUGACAUUUCCAAGUUGAUUAUGAGUUUUUAUUUUAUUUUUAAAGUUUGUUUUUACCUAAGUUAUUUUUUAAAAGGUUUCUAUAUUUCUUGAAAUAAUACUAAGUACAAGUAAAAUGCUGUAUAUUUAAAUGCAAUUCAACAAGUUAUAAUCACAGAAAAAGACCAAACCUUCUUGAUAAUCCUCAAAAACUGCAGAAGUAUUAUAUACAUGUAAACCAGUGUGCGUGCAUAAGCUACUUCUUGCUGGAUUACAGCAUAUGCAGCAAAUAAGGCAAUGUUAGGCAAUAUCUUGUUCUUACAGUGACCUAAGCAGAGAUGCUGAGUAAAGUAUAAAAGAAUAUAUAAUUUUUCAUUACAAUUCUAUCAGUGACCUGAGAAGAAAAGAUUUGUUGCCAGCCACUCUGAGCCAUCUGCUGGUGUUUUUUACUGCUUUCUAAAUUGGUGUACAUUAGAAAGAAUCAUUAAGAAAAGACUGGUUUUAGUUAGGGAUAUAUAUACACUAUAGUUUUAUGUCAAUAAAUACAUUUCUGAAUGCUUAAGUGUUGCUUUAUUUUAUAUAAAAAAUAACCACAUUUAAGAAAAUUAAUAUUGGAUUACUGUA